AUGGGCGACGAACCGAAAGGAUUUCAAAAACAGUUUGCAGGGAUGAACAAUGGACACAGAGAGGUCGCCAGAAAGGGCAAAAGAGCGUCAUCUAAUCGUCCUUUGCUUUGCUGUUCACGCUACGGUUCCACAGCUUGGUGCAUCUCAGAUAGUCUCUGGGCUCCAGCACCGUGA